UCGAAAGUGAGAGCCUAUUUAAAAGGCCUGCCGAACAUAUGAUACUGAAAUUCAGACCUUCAGGUUCCAGUUACUAUACUAGUGUUGGGGAAAAGAACAACCAUUAUACGUCUACGUCAUGUAUAAAGAACUCGUAAUUGAAUAGAUCCUUGAUUAUGAUUUGAGAAGAUGAAACCGAAGCCAGUUUGGGUCGCCAUUGCACGAGCAGUGUUUUGGAUAUUUCUUUCGAUUUCGUCAGCCAAGAGCCAACCCCAAUGGGAUUUCGGGGAUCUAGACAUCCGUCUAGCGGACGGCAACGGUGUCCUUGAUGGUCGAGUGGAACGACAAAUAAAUGGCGUGUGGGGUACAGUUUGUAACAGUAACUUUGACAUUAAAGACGCCCAAGUCAUCUGCCGUAUGUUGUCGAGUAAUUUGACAGCACUACAGGUGAUAAAGGACGGACGGUACGGGCAAGGACAGGGUCCAAUAUUCUACGAUCGGCUUCGUUGUUCUGGAACGGAGUUGUCCAUAGACGACUGCUACAGCAUAACGGGUGAACAAUGUUUGCAUAACCAGGACGUGGCCAUUGUUUGUUCUGCCUGUCCAAGUAGUGAAGAUUUUUAUUUUGGGGAAUUCCAAAAUAUCUCGGUGGUCAACAACGUGCAAGUGUAUCACGGACUGUGUGGCAACGGAACGUCCGAGUACGAGUUUGCGUAUAUAUGUGCUACAGACGGUGUCUGGUAUCCCCGCAACAAUUCGUGCCGACAUUUAGAUAUUACCGACAUUCGGUUUACGGAUGGAUUAGGUUUAUACGAUGGUAUUGUGGAAGUGCUCGUAGGAGAUACAUGGGGAUCCACAUGCGACAACGAAUACACUUUAGCUAGAGUGGUUUGCAAUGCAAUAGGGGCUACCGUUCGAAGCUACGGUCCGAAAUAUUCAACCACACCGCCAUUUCUCGAUGGAUUGAUUUGCGAGAGAUUUGACAGCGGAAUAAACAACUGCAGUUACAAUACAUUUGCUUCAUGUACUUACAAGAACUACGUUGCUUGCGAAGUGCGCCCACUGAAUAUCACAAACAUACGCCUUGCUGACGGGCCAGGAGAAAACGCAGGCAAAGUUGAGCUCUUCGUAGAUGGGCACUGGGGCAAAGUGUGUGAGAAUUCAUUCGACAUCAACGAUGCAAAGGUUCUGUGCUCUAUGUUAGGAGCAAGAACAACCGCUUAUCUCCUUGGGAACUUUUAUGGAAACGGAUCAGGACCAGCUUUGCUUAAUUAUUUGGGUUGUCGGGGAACGGAGAAUACUACCAACGAAUGUAGUUACGGGGCACCGUAUUAUUAUCGUGGUUACUAUUGGUCCUACUAUACGUACACACAUGACUGCUAUCAAAGCGAUUCCGUGUCACUCAUAUGUACAGAUUGUGGCUUGAUAAGUACAACAGAUGGGCAAAUCAAAAGCUUCGACAACACAGCUAUGGAAUUAACUGUGCUGUGCAAUCCCGGAUACACAGUCAGUUACACGUGCCUUUCAAACGGAUCAUGGGUACCAAAUACAGUGAUAUGCUGCAAGAGUCUGAUAUCAAGAGUUGGCAAUGGACACCAAAUUUCCUUCAACUCAGCCACAUUGAGAUCAACAGUGCUUUGUGACCCAGGCUAUAAUAUAGAAUAUACAUGCCACCAAAAUGGAACAUGGACGUCAGAGAAAAUAUGCUGUAGCAGUUUGAACAACAGAGUCAGUAAUGGACGCCACAUUUCCUUUAACUCAACCACAUUCAGAUCAACAGUGCUUUGUGACCCAGGCUAUAAUAUAGAAUAUACAUGCCAUCAAAAUGGAACAUGGACGUCAGACGAAAUAUGUUGUCCUGACCUUAAGAGUCCAAACGGCAAUAUACAUUCGUUCAACACCACAACAAUGACUGCCACACUUUGGUGUUAUGCAGGCAUUUACAUGGAAAACACGUGUCUUAGCAAUGGAUCUUGGACGUCUGAUGAAAACUGUCCUAAUGUACUACAAGACGUUCGCCUAGUUGACGGAGUAGGCCUCUACGACGGACGAAUCGAAGUAUUGUACAACGGUACUUGGGGCACUAUUUGUAGAAACAACUACCGAUAUCAAAAUUCUGUUGUGAUCUGCAGAAUGCUAGGUGCCAGUCGGCAAGAGGAAACGACCCGAUUUGGUGCUGGAUCAGGUCCAAUUCAUUUUGAAAAUCUCUACUGUCAGGGAAGUGAAACAGAUUUGUCCCAGUGCACUGUAGAUGUGGAGCACACAUGUUCACAUUCAUUGGACGCCGGUGUGAUUUGUUCCAAAUACAGACGCCCUCUGAAUAUAACUGGAGUGCGGCUCGCCGAUGGCACCAGCCAAUAUGAUGGUCGGGUAGAACUGGAGGAAAACGGUGUUUGGGGAUCAGUUUGCCAUCACUAUUUUGACUUUAAUGAUGGGAACACAUUAUGCCGUAUGAUGAACAUGUCUCUGCUGAAAUAUUUUACGGGAUCGAAACAUGGUCCAGGCAAUGGUCCUGUGAUGUUUGAUCACAUGGGUUGCAGCUCUUAUCAUAAUCACAUCAAGGACUGCAGUUAUUACACACCGCUUAAGUAUUGCUAUUCUACUGACACCGUUUCGUUGCUUUGUUCAGAAUGCGGACCAGUCAACGAACAUGGAACCGCCUCUUAUUCUGAGAACGGCACGCUGGCAACGAUAACGUGCUCUUACGACUACUAUACGAAAGAUCCUGUUGUUGAGUGCAUAAAUGGAAGUUGGUCGAAAUUGGGCAUGUGUGACUUUCAUGGGCCCCCGCUUAACAUAACGUCGGUCCGUCUUGUUGAUGGAGUCAAUGAAUAUGAAGGUCGAGUUGAGAUUGAAGUUAAUGGAACAUACGGUACUAUUUGUGACAGUUUGUUUGAUCUUAAUGAUGCAGAAACUAUUUGCCGAACAAUAAAUUCCAGCUGGGGACCUAUAUAUGUUUUUACUGGAGCAAAAUAUGGUGAAGGUGCUGGUCCAAUAUAUAUUCAAAGAUUGUUUUGUGACUCCGCUUCUUAUUUGCUUGAACAUUGUCAAUAUCAUUCGCUGGGAGUUUGUGACCAUUCAAGAGAUGUUGGAAUCGUGUGUAGUGAAUGCGGACAGCCUUCUAUUUCACACUGGGGGUACGACUACUUUACCUACAAUGACUCAUCGUUGAAUGCUGACUGUUCGUAUUAUAAAACAUACUUAGGUACUUUAAAAAUGACCUGUGAUCAGAAAACAAAGACGUGGAUAACAGAAGGAGAAUGUCAACAGUAUAGUUCGCCUCUUGAGAUACAAGAUAUGCGUUUGUCAAACGGACAGUCAGAACGAGAUGGCAGAGUGGAACUUAAGGUCUUUGACACUUGGGGUACGAUUUGCGAAAAUGGAUUUGGCUUGGCUGAAGCAAACGUUAUAUGUCACAUGAUUGGCUUUCCUCCUGCCCAGGCGGUUUAUGGAGUUGAUACUUAUGGACAGGGGACUGGACCUAUCUUUGUCGACGAUCUUUCAUGUGGUCAAUCUGACACUCAUAUUAACAACUGUACUUACGUGACCUAUGAUGAUUGUACUCACCUGCAUGAUGUGGCAGUGAAAUGUACAGAAUGUGAUGACCCAAGACCGAUGAACGAUUCGAUAAAUGGCACAGUUUUCAAAUUCGAAUCUGUUGUAGAGGUCGUUUGCGAGUAUGGAUAUUUUCUACAGGGAGAACGAUUCAUUACCUGCCAAAGUGAUGCAACUUGGAGCGCAAGACCGGAGUGCCGACUUAUUGAUUGUGGUAACCCAUUGCCGGCGGAUGGUUACAUCAAUGGUACAGAUUUUACUCUGGGUACCGUUUUUGAAGUAAUAUGUGACGAAGGAUACAAUAUUUCUGGAGAUUCGAUAAUAUCAUGCCAAGAAAAUCGCAGUUGGUCUGACAAUACAACAUGCAAUAUUGUCGAUUGUGGUGAACUGUAUGUCGAAAAUGCAGAUGUAGAUAAUUCCAACAGCACAACUUUUGGGAAAAUAUCUCUCGUUAGUUGCUUUGACGGAUACUUGCCAUUGGGUGCAACGCCAGUCGAGUGCCUUGCAUCGGGCGCCUGGAGCGAAACACCAUUUUGUGAAAUACGAAACUGUAGUGACCCUACACCUUACCGAGGGCAUAGAAACGACACUAAAACUUCCUAUGGUACUGAAGUGUUGAUAACCUGUGAUGACGGUCUGAAUGUUACCGGGAAUGCAGUCAUUGUUUGUCGGGCGAAUGGAACUUGGAGUGACAGACCCCUCUGUGAUACUUCAGAUUGCGGUCCACCAGUUAAAGCAAAUGGUCAAUAUAUGGGGAACACAACUACUGGAAGUAGCGCUACAGUUAUGUGUGACGAAGGUCACGACCUACUAGGACCAAGUGUCGUUGUCUGCGAUGUCCAAGGUUGGAAUGAAUCAGUCAGAUGCAUAAGACAGGAUUGCGGAAUGCUUACUGUUGAAGAUGGAAUUGUGGAUUUAAAUGAGGGUACCCUUUUUGGUGACAGCGCAGAGAUCAGUUGUAGCACGGGCUACGAACUUAACGGUGACGCGCGCGUAACAUGUUUGGAUGGCAGGAAUUGGAGCGAUUAUCCAAAUUGCACGAUCAUAGAUUGUGGCGAGAUCGACCAUCCAACAAAUGGUGCUUUGAUUGUCCCAGUGGCAUUUACAUAUGGUGCAACUUUGAGUUUCCAGUGCAACGAUGGAUUCAUUCUUUCCGGCGAAUCUUUCAUCGUUUGUAGAAUAAGCGGAAGUUGGAAUGCAGAUCCACCUGAAUGUGUACCUAAAUCUCCAAUUGGCGGCCCGUGUGAAGACGUCAAAUAUUGCCUUACACCAAACGCAUAUUGUGUAGAUGGUGCAUGCUCAUGCCAAACGGGCAUAUAUGAUGAACGAAUUGAUGCAUGCGAUAGAAUGCCAAUGUUCCCAUUUGAUUCUAAUGAACCGGAAAACGUUUUGGUUUCAACCACGUGCAGUUCUGCCAUUACAUUUUCUCCAGGAAUUCCCGUCUUUAAAAGGAUGCGACACAGCUUAUUCGUUUGUUCCAGUGGACUCAUUAGUUUUGAUAAAGCUUAUAACAAUCCUGUUCCACCGAAGAAAAAGAAAACAGAUGAACUUGCUGAUUUUUCAGUUAUUGCCCCUUAUUUUGCUGAAAUGGAUUUUAACAAAUCGGAAUCAGUCACAUUUAGAAAAACAGACGUUCUCAACGAUUUUCCUUAUAGCGAACUUCAGUUAAGUGACAUUGAAAGGGCGAAAGAUAUAAUAAGGACAUUUGAGGGAAUUGCAACUUUUGAGCCAAAGUUUUUGCUCGUUACUUAUUGGAAACGAAUGGUUCCAAAGCAGAAAACAUUCAUUGAUACGUCGAUUUCAUCCUUUCAACUCGUGCUCGUUUCCGAUGGUUUAUCUACAUAUUUCAUAAAUAUCUACCCUAAAGAUCUCAUGCAGUGGCAAACUGUACCUAUAAAUAGAUCGUAUGGCGAUACCAACCAACCUGUCGCAGUUUGGAUAGGCUACUCGGAUGAGGGCCGUGUCAGUCCACAAUCAAAGUCAUACAAGAAAGACGCCCUUCGGAUGGAUAUAAAAUCAAAAUCAAUCAUAUUUAUACAAAACAAUGGAUAUUUGGCGGUAGACGGAAUGCUUAUGAAACCGCUAACUAUUCCUGGAGACUGGCAAACUCACGACGCUCUCGACUGUAUUCUUUGGUACAACCAACACGUAGAGAACAAAGACAACUAUCAUCAUAUAAUGGCAAGCGCUAUGCCUCCAUGUCCGUGUGACUUGACUCUAGCCCGAUUUGAUCCAUGGUUCUGGAGGAUACGACGAAGUCUCAGAUGGCCAUGGUGGCAGAGCAAUACCGACGUAGAUGAUAAUGACAUAAUUUGUGUUGAUAUGUGGCAUAGACCGUAUUUUGACCCUUAUGGCAAGUCAUGUUGUUACAAACGCAGCACAUGGCAGUUUGUUCAAAUACGACCGGACUCUGGAGGGUUUUACCAUAAUCAUCCUGCCUUUUCACCACAAAAUCACUAUUUGUACGACACAUUAAUGAAAGACAAAUGUUGCACAAAAUCGGAGUUCUGUGACCUGUAUUAUCAACUGCAUCCGGUAGGAACGUGCUAUUCACGGUCGCCAUACAGACAAGGAAAUUUCUGGGGAGAUCCUCACAUCAGCACUCUGGAUAGAUUUAAUUUCACUUUUAAUGGCCUCGGAGAAUAUACCUUGCUUUUGAUUGAAACCGACGACUAAUGGUUUACUCUCCAAGCAAGAACGCAACGAGCAGUGAAAUUUGAUGGAAAUCUGUCGGACGCUACCUUUUUUAGCGCAUUUGCCGCAACAGACCGUGUUAAUGCCUCCAUGCACGUUGAACUUAAUUCAGAAA